UAGUAUUUUCCAGAUUCCUGGAAAGUUCAACUCCGCUCCAGGAGGUGGCACUAAUGCAUAGUUUUGUGGUUGGUUUGUCAACCACGAGGAACUCAAAUGUAUAGGCUUUCCCAUGGGCUUUCCAGAGCCGAUCCACACAAAACUGUUGCAGGCGUUCGCGGGUGUGUUGCUAGAAUGUUAAACCGUAAAACACAGACUGUAUGAGAAAGGGAUAAACCAUAAAACAUCCAAAUAACACAAGGCAUUCCGCGGUGCAGCGAACUUGGACGUUACUUGAGGAGUUGGGGAUGUGUCCCCACCAAAGCUGAGACCAAACCUACACCCUUGGCUCUGUCUGCAGAGUGAUGAUGAAAAAAGAUUUAAAGGACGAAGGAUAUGGUCAUGUGAUUGCAUGUCCAGAUGAAGAAGAAAAGCCCUUUGCAGAGCUUCACUGUAAAACUGAAACAGACGAGUCCAACGUUACUUACCCCGAAACACCACGGACAAGAGUGGAGAUUGAAGUGAAUGAAAGGGAGCAGGAGAGCGAUCAUCUACUGGAAAAACUGGAGUCUGAAAUGUCAGGAUUUACUGAAUCGACACCGCUGCCCAUGCCAGUGAAGGAGAUAAAAGAAGAAGAGUUUGAUGAUUUCCUUCAAGAGUACAUGUUUGCAGACCAGGAAGUAAAAGGAGACCUCGGACUGGAUUAUGACUGCAAGACUGAAACACACACAUCACCGACCUUCAACUGCAAAGAAGAACAGUCUCCAGUGAUGGAAAUUAAACAGGAGGAAGAAUCUGAUUUAAAAGAAGAUUGCCAGAAAGACUCUUUCUGUAAAGGUGAGAUGAGGCAUACUGGGGAAAAGGUACAUUAUUUUACGAGGAGUGGAAAGGCCUCCUCGAAGACGACUCAACACAAGUCUCACAUGACGAUCCACACAGGAGAAAAGACGUAUCAGUGCUCUGUCUGUGGAAAGACCUUAAGACGAAAAGAUAAUCUCAAGGCACACCAGAGGAUCCACACAGGAGAAAAGUCACAUCAGUGCACUACAUGUGGGAUGAGUUUCAGGACUAGGUCAAAGGUCACCGUCCAUCAGCGCACUCAUACAGGAGAAAAGCCACAUCAGUGCUCGGACUGUGGAAAGGCCUUUACUCAAAGGUCUUAUCUAACGCGACACCAGAUGGUUCACACAGGAGAAAAGCCGUAUCAGUGCUCUGACUGUGGCAAGUCCUUUAGUCAAAAAGCAUGUCUACAGGCACACCAGAGGAUCCACACAGGAGAAAAGCCGUUUCAGUGCACUACAUGUGGGAUGAGUUUCAGGACUAGGACAAAGGUCACCAUCCAUCAGCGCAUUCAUACAGGAGAAAAGCCACAUCAGUGCUCUGACUGUGGUAAGUCCUUUAAUCAUAACGCUGGUCUGCAGGAACACCAGAGGAUCCACACAGGAGAAAAGCCGUUUCAGUGCUCUGCAUGUGGAAUGAGUUUCAGGACUAGGCAAUUGGUGACUAAGCAUCAGCGCAUGCAUACAGGAGAAAAGCCGUACCAGUGCUCUGACUAUGGAAAGGCCUUUAGUCAAAGGUUUAGUCUAAAGGAACACCAGAAUACCCACACAGGAGAAAAGCCGUAUCAAUGCCCUGACUGUGGAAAGGCCUUUAUUUAUAGGUCCGAUCUAAAGGCACACCAGAGGAUCCAUUCAGGAGAAAAGCCGUAUCAGUGCUCUGACUGUGGAAAGGCCUUUAGGAAUAGGUCCCAUCUAAAGGCACACCAGAGGAUCCACACAGGAGAAAAGCCGUAUCAGUGUACUACAUGUGGUAAGAGUUUCAAAACUAGGAGCGAUGUGAACACUCAUCAGAAGGUCCACACAGGAGAAAAGCCGUAUCGGUGCUCUGACUGUGGAAAGGCCUUUAGUCAAAGGUCCCAUCUAAAGAUACACCAGAGGAUCCACACAGGAGAAAAGCCGUAUCAGUGUUCUACAUGUGGGAAGAGUUUCAAAACUAGGACCGAGAUGACCAUUCAUCAGCGCACCCACACAGGAGAAAAGCCGUGUCGGUGCUCUGACUGUGGAAAGGCCUUUAGGAAUGGAUACAAUCUAAAGAAACACCAGAGGAUCCACAUGUCAUUUUAGUGCUCUGAUGUGGAAAGGCCUUCAGUCGUAUGUGAGUCCUAUGGGAACACCAAAGGAUUCACAGAGGAGAAUAUUGAACUUUGACAGCACGGCACGAUUUAAGUCAUUGCUAUUUUGCGCGGAGCCCGGCAGCAAGCACAACAAAAAUCUUUGGGACGUUACUUCAUUCAAGAGCAACCUGCGCAAUGUGUUCGGCCCUUAAUGUUACGAUUUCUGUUUCUUCCUUCGUUUUUUCAUUGGACAGAAUUCCGCUGAACUGAGAGUCACCCCGUGUUGGGUGAAGCAAAAAACCCGACCAAACCGGACUAUACAAUGUUUGUUGAUAAAAUUAUGCAAAUAUUAAAUAUUCACAAUUCACUAAAACACAACAUAAACUGUUCUCUGAUUGGUCACUGGUGGUCCCCUAACUACUGGCUGAGUCAGGUUUGGGUGUCCAGCUGAAGAUUUUCGUAAUUGUAAUUGCCUGCAAUCUGAACUGAAGAUAUGUCUGGUAAACAAUAUUACUGGUUAAAAAAUGCUAUCUGGGAAGCGUUUUGCUCACCGCCCUUAGCUGAUCCACUGUUUGUGAAUUGGGGCUAUAGCAUACUGGGCAAGCUCUGUAGUGAUUGAUCAACAAAAAAUACUGUAUCCACAGCUUAUUAGUUGUGUUUUUAUGCAGAAAAAGAUCCUGGGAUCAAUUUCGCCGGUGUUACACAUUAGGCGGUAUUCUUUUUUGUAUAAAGACAUUCACCUAGCACUUUCUCAUAAAAUCAUUUGACUGAAUUUAAUAAGAGUUUGACUUAUUUUAGGAUGUCUUAUGUGUGCAGCUUGUUUUAAAGUUACAGUGUUUGAAUGCUGAUAUGAUUACAGACUAUACAAUGUUUGCUGAUAAAAUGAUGCACAUAUUAAAUAU